AUGGUCGUGGAGUGUUUCGUCCGCGCAUGCGGGCUGGUCAUCGUCAACACCGUCUGCAUCGGCGGCACAACCAUCAUCCUCUACGCGCUUGUCCGCCUGUCCCGGAAGCCCCACACCAGCAAGAAAUCCAUCGUCGGGUUCACGUUCUUCUUCCUCGGCUCGUUCUGCGUCCUCGCCGGCUUCUACACGUUCUUCUGCGGCGCCUUCUUCCCGUGGUCAGCGCUGUGCCGGUGCCUGGCCUCCACCCACCGGGCGCUCCUGCGGCACCUCCGUUCCGCGGGGCGGCUUCUUUGCCUGCCGUGCCGGUGUGCGCGCGCCAGGCUACGGCGCCGAAGCGGUAGCGGUGGCGGCACCAGCGCUCUGCCGCAGUUUCUGGAGCAGAUACAGGGCCACAUGCCCGCGCUGGCACGGGAGGCGCCGAUGCAUGGCGGCGCACGGGCGGCGACGGCGUAUGACAUCCUCUCGUACGAGCAGCCGGAGUGCGGCGGCGGCACGCCGGAGUGCCCGGUCUGCCUCGGGGAGGUGGAGAAGGGGGAGACGGUGAAGCGGCUGCCGGCGUGCCUGCACAUGUUCCACCAGCAGUGCAUCGACCCGUGGCUGCAGGAGCACUCCACGUGCCCGGUCUGCCGGUGCAUCGUCUUCGCGCCAUUGCCGGCCCAAAUGGUAUGA